AUCUUAUUUUCCAAUACAUACAUUAUAAUAUAAGAGAAGCUCGAACGAAACCUAUUUUUGUAAAUCUUGUAAAAAGUAUCUUUAUUAUUUCAUUUCAAAACAUAAUAAUUGCGCCUUCUGAGUGUAAACAUUAUUAUUAUUAUUAUUAUAUUAUAAUAUUAUAAAUAAUUAAAAAGUGAUUGAUUUUUUCUUAAAUCAAGAGUAUUUUGUUUUGAAAUUUAAUAAUACAAGAAGGAAGGCUAAAAAUGUGUUGAAUUACAAACUUAUUUUACAUAUUUACGCAAUAAGUGAGGAAAAAGAUCUGUAUCACAACAUUAAUUUAUUUACUAAAUAUAUUAAAUAAAAAAAAUAAUGACUAACAAAUUCAGUAUGCUUUUGUUUAAGUCGUUUCUCUCUCCCUUUCAAAACAAAAAAAGCAAUAUUUCUAAUCAAUAUUUUUUUUAUUUUUUAAUAUGUACGUCUAUGUAUUCUAAGAGAUUUAAAAUUUUUAAAAUGUCUUUUCGCGACCAAGAUUUUUUCAAUCAAGUAAAUAAUGGGGCAAGAGUUUCUCAACAAAUUGAAGAGGUUAUAGCUUUAACAAUGUCAAUCAACAGAAUUUUGGAAGAUUGCAGCAUUCAGUGGAAAUCAACAAUUUCUAAAAAGCAAUGGGAAAUGACAAAUUGUAGAAUACCAUCUUAUUUUUCCUGGCAAAAUUCUGUUGUGGCACGGACGUAUUUUGAAAGCGAGGAUUUGGAUAAUGCUUUUAAAAAUCUCUUAAAGUCAAGAGCAAUGUUCGCUAACCACCUACUUCAUUUCACGAAUCUAUUAAACGGUCAAACACCUCAAUUAUCAGGACUGGAAGUAAAAAAUCAAGAAGAAAUUAAUUCGUCAGGUAUUUCUGUCAUUGAGGAUCGAAUAAAUGAAAACAUUCAACGUACAUUUUCCGAAUUAUUAAAGGCCAAAAUAUAUUUUGAUAAGACUUUGACUAGCUUGAACAGCAUAGUAAGUGAUAAAGGGUCUUCAACAAUGGAUUCUUCAAAUUGUAUUUGUCAAAUUUGCUCCAAUGUUCUGGAAACAACUACUGACAAAGCCGCUGUAAAUAUUGAAUCUGGUAAAAGAAGAAGUAAGAGAAAUAAAAUAAAACGACUGAAUAAUAAUAAUAAUAAUAGCAAUAAUAGACAAUUUACAAAUAAAGGGAAAGACGUUAAAUCGACAAGUAAAAAGAUUUAUUCGGCUGGCGAUCAAAAUCAAACUGAAAUAAUUUAAUUGUUUUAUUGAUUUUCAAAAAAGUGUUAAUUUUCAAGUACUUAAUCUAAUGUUGAUGGAAAAAUUGUAGGUGAUUAAAAUAAAUAAAAGGAAAAUAUUUUUCA